UGAAAAUUCUCUCUACUGGUAUUGUAUUAAUGACCGCUCUGGCUCUCUUGUCUAGCAAGACGGAAGCCUCCUUCUUGGACGGACCAAUUGUUGCCACUUAUUGGGGUCAGAACUCCAAGAACGGCAGGGACACUCAAAAGCGUCUAUCGUAUUAUUGCAAUAGUGAUUCUGAUGUUAUUCUUGUUUCUUUCCUUCCUGAAUAUCAUGAUGGAAGUCUACCCGUCUUAAAUCUGGCUGAUGCAUGUGAUGGUCCUGUCUUUCCUGGCACAAAUCUCUUGCACUGUCCUAAAGUUGGCAAAGAUAUCAAGACAUGUCAAAAAAAAGGAAAGACCAUUUUGCUAUCUUUAGGUGGUGCUGACGGAUCUUAUGGGUUCAGUAACAAUGCAAAUGCUGAGGCAUUUGCUGAUACCCUUUGGAACUUGUUUGGUGGUGGCUCAAGCAAGACUCGUCCCUUCGAUGAUGCCGUUCUGGACGGCUUUGAUCUUGACAUUGAAGGAGGUGGUUCUACUGGUUAUGCUGCCAUGGUAAGACGUCUUCGUUCUCAUUUUGAUAAAGACAGCUCCAAACAAUAUUAUAUCACGGCUGCUCCGCAAUGUCCUUAUCCAGAUGCCAUGCUGGGCAAAGUCAUUAAUGCUGUUGGCAUGGACGCUGUCUUUGUUCAGUUCUAUAACAACUAUUGUUCUGCUACAAGCAACAGCUUCAAUUUUGCUACUUGGGACAAAUGGGCAAAGAACACGUCUCCAAACAAGAAUGUCAAAGUAUUUCUUGGAUUGCCUGGAUCAAAGCAAGCAGCUGGCAGCGGCUAUGUUCCUUACAAGGCGCUUGAACCUAUCGUGAAGCAAGUGCAUAGCAAAUACUCUAGUUUUGGUGGUGUCAUGAUUUGGGAUGCUUCUGAGGUUUAUGCUAACAAAGAAGUCUCUCCUCAUUAUGAAGGUGCUAUUGCCAAGUUGGUUCAUGGUCUCAAAGGUACUCAUUCUCCAACUCCAACAACAACAAGUCGUCCUAGCAAGCCUACUGACAAGCCGAGUACAUGUCCUGUUCAAGGCGCACAUUGUUCCAAUAAUGGUCAAUAUACAUGUGCAGGUGAUGCUUAUGCUGUUUGUAACAUUGAUAAGUGGGUUGUUAGUCCUUGUCCUGGAGAAACAACAUGUUUCUCUACUACAAAUGGUAAUUCAGUCUAUUGUGGAACUGGUUCAAAUGAAGACACAUGUGAAUUAGCCAACAAUGGCCUUAUUGAAAGUUAUCAACCUGAAUUGUUACCUACGGUGGACGCCUAUGAAUCAGACCAUUUCACAACUCAAUUCUCUGUUGAGCAUGUCAUGAAUCAUGAGUUCUCUGCUACCAUCAACAUUCGUCGCUUGGACAACCGUCAAUUCGACAAAGAUACUAUGGAAAUCGAGUUUCAAGUGGUAGAUGGCAUUGAAAUAGUCUCUGUAGAUCAAGGCACUGUAACACAACUAGGAAAUCAAGUCAAGAUACAAUUUCCUAAUACAGACAUGAUGUCCAAAGUGAUGACUAUCAAGGGAAGAGUUCAUUCUGAAGUAUUCGUUGCUCCUAUGAUGGGCAGCUUCAUUUUUAUCUAAUAAACCUUUCUUUGCAAGAACAAGCUAUGCUCUGCAAUGAAUACAUGUAA